AUGAAAAGGUCCAAAAUUUCUAUUUCUCAUCUCGAGAAACCCAAAAUUAAGAAAUACAACGUUAUAAACAGCAUCCUUUCUAAUCAAAACAUAUUUGUUUUGCCAUACCAAGAAAGCACCACAAACGAUGUUUGCAUUCAAACAAAUGAAGCAUGCUCUUAUGAAAAAACAGAAGAGAGUCCAAAAAGCAAAGGCAUAGAAAUAAUAAAAUUAAAACCAAGUGAAGAUAUGGGAAACCCACUUAAUUGUGUAUCACUAUCCCUCAAUUUAAGAAAAAUUGAGCAAAAAAUAUCUAAAAAAUAUUUCAUAGAAGAAAAGCCAUCCCCUUCACCAUCAACAGAAUCUCGCAUUGAGUAUAAAAAUUUGAUGAAGGUUUAUCAAAGUUCCGGAAACCUUCCCAAGCAAAAAUCAUUUUUAUAUAAUGCUUCAACUAGUGAGGCUUCUCAAAGUUUGGCUUCAAGUGAGCAUAACUCUCCUUUGAAGCCAUCAGCAUACCCAAAGGUUCAACUUUCUAAAGAGCUAUUAGAAUAUAAAAGCCUUGCUGAUGCUUAUCAAAAUAUAAGCGACCUUCCUAAAUUAAAAAUUGACAAAGAGCGCCCAAAAACCUCUUUAAGCCACCAGCGACGUAAAUCUUGCUCUGAUAAAUCAGUAUUAGGACUGCAAUAUAAAUAUUUUGCCUCAAAUAUUGGCAAAGAAAAAAAGUCUGCUAACCCCCCCCCCCCCCUCCGUGAGCGAACAAAACCAUUAGAAAAAUCGCCAUUUUUUGACCAAAAACCCACCCUCCGUGAGUGAACAAAAAUUUUUUUAAUAGAAAAAAUUUUAAUGGAAAAAAAUUUUGAUAUAUAAGUGAUAAUUAGUAUAAUGAAAUCUAGAGCUAAUUCUGUUUAAUUUUAAACAAAUUGCGUUUUAAAACAUAAAUUUUGCAAAUUAAAUUAAUAUUUGCUUCCCAAUUUUUGCAAAUUAGGAUUUUUUUAAAUUUCGAAAAAAAAUAUUUUUUAUAAAAUUAUAUAUAAAUUUUUUUUAAAAAAAAAAUUAACCCCCCUCCGUGAGCGAACAAAAUUUUUUUUGUUCGCUCACGGAGGGGGGGGGGGGGAGUAAGUGCAAUAAAUGCAACUCUAUUUACUGUGUAUGCCAUGAUAGAAUCAAUGACAAUCUUUGCUUGAAUUUUAUUAAAGAGCAUCAAAAGCAAGUUAAUAAAUGUGAAGAAAUUAAGCAAGAAAUAGGGUUUCUACAAAAGGAAUUCCAGUCUUUUCAGAGGCAAAAAGGAUCAGUAUCUUCUAGCUUUUUUAUAGGCGAAAAUAAUGAAAGCUUUGAAUCCCCUAGGAAAAAUUUGUAUAAAAAUAAGAUUAGCCAUAGAAGGAUAGCAACAGCUGGAGAAAAAGGAGAAAAAUCAAUAGAAAGUUUGGGAAGAAAAAUGAAGCAAAUUAGAUUGGAAAAUCGCAGAAGAAAUUCCAACUCAAAGUCUUCAGUUAGUUUGAAUUCUCCUGGCAUUGUGGUAUCGCAAAUAGAUACUUCUGCUUUAAAAUGCAAAGUGAGAAGCUAG